GCAACAGUUUUAGGAGUGGGAAGGGAGAAUAGAAUAGGCGAUUACGGCUGUACAUUGGAUCGACUCUAUAUCGUCUUCACCAACCAUAAAUUCCAAAUUUCUCUCUCUUGGUUUCGGAGUUUGGACAUGAAAAAGCUUAAAAAUGGGGGAAAAUAAUAUAAAACCUUUCGUAACAAUGACCACCUAGCCAACGCUCUCUUUGUCUCUCUUUCUCUCUAUCAACUCUCUCUUCUUGUUUGUUGUCUUCUUGUCAUAGUUUUGAUCACACUUCGUUUUCUUUCUCUCUCUCUUCUUGGUAAUGACGACGACGAUGAUGAUGAAAAUGGGGAAGAAAUUCGGCACCUGAUUUGAUUGAACAAUUGUAAUUGGGUGUAAGAGACCUACAGAGCUGAGAUUGCCAGGAGAAAUGUUCAGGUUGCAUAGGAAUCGGCAAGUGAAAUCAGGGGAGAAAUUUGAUUUCAAGUUUUCCAAUUUCAAGGCAACCCAGGUACCUAAAGGUUGGGACAAACUAUUUGUAUCUGUCAUCUCUGAGCAAACUGGGAAAACGAUUGUCAGGUCAAGCAAAGCAUUAGUUCGUAAUGGAAGUUGCCAGUGGACUGAGUCUCUAUCAGAAUCCAUUUGGGUUUCACAAGAUGAAGUUUCUAAGGAGUUUGAAGAUAGUAAUUUCAAGCUUGUUGUGGCCAUGGGUUCAGCAAGAUCAAAUAUUCUUGGAGAGGCUAUGGUCAACAUGACAAAUUACACAGAUUCUAAAUCUUCUUCUGCAGUCUCACUUCCAUUGAAAAAGUGCAACCAUGGGACUAUUUUACAAGUGAAAAUCCAGUGCUUAAAUCCAAUAACAAAAGUAAGGAGUGGAGAAUUUAAACAGACAUAUUCUCCAAAAGAAGACUUGAAGAAAGAAGGUCAUGACUCAGAUAGCUGCUCAGAUAUAACAGAUAGCCAAUUGUCGAGAAGUAUUGGAUCUUCCUCUGGUGCAGAUUUAUACUCUAGCUUACACUCAGGAGAAGCUAGCAGCAAGGAAGCAAGUUUUUCUGCUUCCUAUUCACAGGUCAGCAAUGAUUCAUCUGAGAUUUAUGAAUCCGUAGAGAAUGACGCUGCAAAAAACAAUUGUAGUGAUAUACAAAGACAGGACUCGGUGAGCUCACAGAAUAGUCCUCGCUGUUUAUCUCCUAAUUCUGUAAUUAUUUGUUCAGCUGAAACAACGACUAUUGAGGAACUUCGUGCUGAAGCUAGGAUGUGGGAGAGAAAUUCCCACAAACUGAUGGCUGAUCUUGAUCAGUUGAAGAGAGAGUUAUCAGAUCAGUCCGACAACCAGGAAAGUUUGCAUACUGCACUUUCAGCAGCAACUGCAGAAUGUGAUGGUUUGAGAAAAGAACUUGAGCAACUAAGACUGAUGACUGAGAAGUCAACACAGAGACAAACAGGUAUUGAGGAUUUAUCAUAUCAAGAUGGUGAACCACACAUCCUAAAUGAAUUGAAAGAUGAACUGAAGUUCCAAAAAGAAACCAAUGCGGAUUUAGCUCUGCAACUAAAGAGAAGUCAAGAAUCAAAUAUUGAGCUUGUGUCCGUUCUUCAGGAGCUAGAAGCAACUACCGAAAAGCAGAAACUUGAGAUAGAGGAGCUUUUGGCACGACACCAAAAAGAUGAUGAUAUUGAAAAUAUUAAUGAAGAAAACAAGAAAUUGAUGCUUCAGUUGGAACAUGUGAAGGAAUCAGAGAAGAAUCUUCAAUUUAAGGUUGAGGUUCUGGAGAAAAACUUGGAGGAAGCAAAACUUGAUUUACAAAAGUGCGAGGUCUCAAACCAAAGAUUCCCUCAGGAUACUAUCGGGGAAUAUGAUAGUCAGCUACACGCUGAGGAAAAUGUGGGGUCCUUACACAUAAAUCUAGUGAAAGAAAUGGAAAUGUUGAAAGAAAAAGUGCAGGAGUUAGAGAAAGAUUGUAAUGAGUUGACAGAUGAAAACAUAGAUCUCUUGUACAAGCUUAGGCAAGCAAAUAACGACUCUAGGGGAGGAAGUUUGGCUUUUAACUCCACAGGUGGUGAGCUUUUAUCUAAAUCUUUUGUUAAUUUUGGAUUUGACUCUAUGAAACACAGAAAUUCUACACAAGUUGUACAUGUAAAAAUGGAGGAAAGUCUGAAUGUGAUCGAUAAUAACGAUGGUUCUUUCAAUAAAAAACUAGAGAGUAUGAAAUUUGAGCUGGAACUCAAAGUUGAAGAGCUUAGUAGGGAAUUGACUGAGAAAAAGCUGGAGAUAGAAAAACUUGAGUCCAACAUUUUGUCCAAAGAAGACGAGAUCAAGAUCCUCGGAGGUCUGCAUAACAAAUUGCAAGCUAAGUAUUCUGAUCUUCAGAAAGAAAAAAAUCAGAUCGAGGAAAAGAUGGAAGUCAUACUUGGACAAAGUGACAGCGGUUCUAAAUGCUUAAAUGAUUUGCGAAAUGAAGUAAAGGUGCUUAGCAACAAUGUGGAUUUGCAUAUUUCUGCAAACAAGAUUCUUGAAAGUAAAUAUUCGGAGCUUCAAGGUGAAAAACAAGAACUUGAACUUGAGAUUGAACAGGAACGCAUGCAGUUGUCAGAAAGCAUAUCCGUUUUGGAAUCUCGACUAAAAUAUAUGACGGACGGGAAGGAGUCAAUUCGCCUUGAGUUAGAAAACUCUAAGUCUCAUGCUGUGGGUCUCCAAGAUGAGGUUGAUAGAUUGAGACUCGAGAUAGAGACGGAAAAUGUUGAUUUGAAACAAAUGUUGAAUGACUUGGAAAAUCAGUGUGCAAAGGCUCAAGAUCAAUGUGAGUACCUGCAAAGAGAAAACACGAAGUUGGAAGCUGCAGUUGAACAUGUCGUUGAAGAACGAAAUUUGCUUAAGAAAUCAAAUGGAGAGUUGAAGAAAAAGAAUUUCGAGUUGCAGGAGGGUUAUUUUCGCUUGGAAUUGAAAGUGAAGGAAUCACUUGAAAGGUCUGCCCAUUAUUUCAGAAGAAUUGAUGAUUUUGAGGAUUAUCUCUCUCUUGGGUUGGAGGAUUUCGCCUCAAAAGAAAGAUGCCUAUCUUCGGAAUUGGAUUCAGUCGUUGAAGAGAACAUAAAAUACAAAGAGAAAUUUGCCAUGUUUGAAAGCUUGUAUAAUGAGACAUAUUUGGAGAAGGCAACUGAAGCUCAAGAACUUCAAGGAGCUGUUGUGCACCUGACCAAGCAACUUUCAACAGCAAAGAAGGAUCUCAACAUCAUGCAAAUGGAAUCUAAUGAAAGCUUAACGGCCCUGAUUAGUGAGCUUUCCGUGUCAAAACAAAACCAAGAGACACUGAUAGCUGAAAGUGAAAAGUUACUGAAACAGUUGGAAAAUUACAAAUCACUUGAAAUCGAGCUUAAGAACUCUGUCAAUGAUCUCGAACUAAAGCUUUCUGUUUCUGAAAAAGAACGAAGGCAGCACGAGGAAGAAUUAACUAACUUAAAGAUUCAGUUGCAAAAAACAGCCCAUUUUCAGAAUGAGGUUUUUGCAUCGAGCAACAAGCUUGAACAGAAGAUUGUUGCUGAAUUAGAGGACAGCAAACAAAGCGGAGUUGCCUUGAAAGAAAAGCUUCUGAGAAUAGGGAGUGGGUCAGUAGUGGAGGAGGCAACACUAAUAGGGAUUGAUGAUUUAAGAAAUGAGCUCAGCCAAAUUAUUAUAAUAAACAGCAAGUACCAACAGAAACUGAAAAUACUUGAGGAGGAGAAAGAUGAGUGCCUAAAGAGAUCUUUAUCCCUUGAAGCAGAACUGAAACAUUUAAAGGAAGAAAAUCAGAUCCAACGGGAGUCUAGCAGUGUAAGGAGUCAUGGUUUUGUCAAAACCAACGGCAAAAACAUGCCCAGUAAAGACAUGAAGCUUCUAAAAAAUGAUGUGGUCAAGAUAGUUGGUCGAAAUCAUAGUGGCAAGAAGAAGCCGAAGGAACCAAACAACAAUGAAUCCCAAUCUCAAGUUAAGUCUCGACAGGAUGAUAGUGGAUGUGAUAUUGAUGAAGGGUCUCAAGUUCCUGAAGCUAAAUCAGUUUCAAGAAUUCAGUUGCUCGAAAAAGAACUUGCCGAGGCUUUGGAAGCAAACAAGAAAUAUGAGGAUCAACUGAGCAGGCUUGUUUCAGACAAUCAAAACAACAAAGAAAAUUCUCCCAUAUCAACAGUUGAAGGUGAUGAAAUGACAAAGGAAGCAUAUGAAAGCAUUAACUCGGCUCUAGAGGCAGAGUUAAAAGACAUUCGUGAGCGGUACUUCCAUAUCAGCCUCAAGUAUGCUGAAGUCGAGCAUCAGCGAGAGGAACUUGUUAUGAAACUAAAAGCAGCCAAGAACGGUGGAAGGAGAUGGUUUUCAUGAAAGUCCAAAAAGUGCAUGUUUCCUCUUUUCUUUGUUAAUAAUACACACUAGUCUCAAGGAGGCUUCUCCCUAGUCAUAUUUCAAUACUCAAAUCAUGAUUUCAAUCAAGACUCGAGAUUGAAUCCUGCUGGAACACUAGUUUUAGUCUAACAGCAAGAGAUUACUAACAUGGAAGAGUACAUGGUUGUUUGAGAAGAGAGGAGAUGGAGUGUCAUGAAGAUUAAUCUGAAGUUGAAGAAAUCAGUUGGCUCUGGAGUUUUCAUAGUUUCAAACAAGUUAUUUUUGUGUAAAAUCAGGCAAUAAUGUGAAACAUGGCAAAUAAUAAUUCUAUUUUUCACUAGCAGAAUGUUGAAAUGAUAUCUGCCAUGCCCCUAUCUUUUCCAAAGAGCCGUGUAUAUGUACAAUACUCUCGGAGUUGUUACUCCGUAGAUUUUUCCUUCAUAUUAUAGUCUACGUAGUGGUGAUGGCGUGAUUGAUGUUAGAAUUUGGAGAGAGAAAAUAAAUUUGUAAAGCAGAUUAUUCACUUGUAGUAUCAAAUAAUAUUAUUUUGUAACUUCCUCAGGUA